GCACAGCGAAGUGACAGCCCUAAUGAACUAUGGUUGGACGCAUGCCAGUAUUUGACAGGUGAGGAUUCUGCAGACGGGGAUGUUUUGGACAAGACGGGACAUUCCGUGAUGCAAGAAGGGCCGCCGACCACCACAGCUCACUCCUCUUUUUCCCCUGGAGAGACACUAGAGUCGGGUUACAGCCCCGAAGGUAGCAACACGAUUGGCUGGGACCGCGAUGACUCUGGACGUUGGGGGCCACCAGUUGAGAGGUGGUCUUCAGUGGACAGCUGGGCCACUGCACUUUCUGACUGGGCAGAGAUCAUCUCAGCUCCACUAGAGGACAUCACAGCCGCCUUCACAGAGAUAGGGGCAGAGAUAGAUGCUUUGACACAGGCACUGGCAGAAGUAACAACUCAUACAGAAGAAGAAGAGACACUCGUUGAGAGACAGGGUCAGGUCCAGACUCAGCCACCCAUGGGUGUCCAGGAUCAGCCUUUAGAGGCAGAAAAGAUUGCGGAGAGUUCCAUCUUCUCCGGACAGAGCUGCUUGUCUUUCUGCCUAGAACAGGGUCCCCGAAGAGUCCAGUCCUUGUGCGAUUGUAGACAAAAACAGACGGAAGAAAUCCAGAGAGGCCCGUGCUCAUCCAUGGGUUCAUCUGGAGUGGAGGUGGCCUCUUCUGGAAGCGGAGAAGCCACUGCGACACCUGAGUCGACUCUGUCGGCGGAGUUGGGUGAAACACCAGCAAACUUCUUCUACUUUGGAUAUGAUGAGCCGGUGAUGAUCGACAAUGACGUCAUCCUGAACAUCGUCGAGGAUGCGGAUUUGGAGGAAAAAACUGCACCGACAGAGCUGGUAAUUAAAGAGCCCUCCACAGACGGAGUGUGUGAAGUAGAAGAUGAACAUAUUUUCUACGCUCCGGGCUUGGUGGCCGAGCAGAAAAGCAGAAAGAGUCUUGGACCAGCUGAGAUACUCCAGACUGAUCGCCGAGGAGCCAAGCCUUCACCAGUUCCAUAUUUCCAUAGCACAAGCCUUCUGACGAACUCGCAUGUGCCGAAUGUGGACAACCAGGCUAGUCUGAAUGUUAAUACUGAGACGCACGUGUUACUCAACACUUUUCCGGACCUUGACAGAGCAUGUCAGGUGGAGCCGCAGUGGGGGAGUCCUAAGUUUAUUAUGCCCUUAGCUCCUCUGGGCAUCAGCUCCUCCUUCACUCGUCAGACGAGCAGCAGUUUGAAAGGCAAAGACCAAAUCUGUGCCAGAAGUUCUCCCAAUGACAAGGGAGAGCGCAAUUGUAAUCUCUGGCCAACCUUGGAUGGAAUUACUGACUGUUUCUCUGUGGAACCCGAUGAGGACCUGAUUCAUAAAAAGGAGAGUACAGUAGAUUCUGCAGAGGAAUCCAGCUUCCUCACUGACAAGAAAACAAGCACCCAAGAGAUCGGCGACCUAUCACACUUUGUCCCAGUAGACCAUUUCGUCAUCUCUAAAGAAAAACAUGUUGCAUGCAUCACUUUAGACUUAUACGACCCAUUUGGCUCAAACGCUGCAAAAUCCAGUGCAGCAGCUGUACUGCCUGAAAAACCAGAGUUAAAAACACAGGAAAAAAUGCCUCAUAAAACUCACAAAACCACCUCGGAGUGCAAAACACGCUCCAAAAAGGACAGGUCUGUGGGUCAUCAUCAUCACCAUGGGACGCAGGUGUCCAAGAAGCAGGAAAAUGUACCUCAUCACGUCCCAACUCAACAGACCUGCAAAACACAAGAUAAUCUUCCUGGAGAGAACUGUACCAGACAGGAUACCGCAGAUGGACGUGAAGACAAGGAGGUCCAGUUGGUGAUUGAGAGUGGUGUCGGGGCAGAGAAGGGAAGUAGCAAGUCCCAUGGAAAGAAGAAGAAGAAGCACACCCAGAACACAGCAGCGGUGAAGGGUGUUACAGGGGAGCCGCUGGGAGAAGUGGAAAAUGGGACAGUGCCGCAAAGUGCAAAGGGGAGGAUUGAUGCAUUUGAAGCCAAGCUGGGAACUAAUACAGGGAAGGCUGUAAAGGACAGUAAUCUGUCAGACAGUCGGGAGAAAAAGUCCCAGAAAUCAGAGGCUAAAGAAGAAAAACCUCUGGCUUAUGCAGAACAUAAAGACCAGCCACCAAAAAGCGCUAAAAGUCCUCUGAGUGAUGAUGUCAUUAAAAGGCGACGCUUAUCACAGGAUAAGUUUGGGAAGAUUGUCAGUGCUUUGGAAUCUAAACUACCGAAGGCAGACGCUGGUAUCCAGGCAAAGGGAGAGGAAGCCAAAGCAGAUGUGGGAGCUACUCGUAAGAAGGCCUACAGUGAAGUGGUCAAGCAGAAACCAGUCCUACCUAAAGAAGUCCUGUGUGCAGACCCUAAGGUGGUGCAGCCCAUCCAGGCGGUGUCGGUGAGCAGAGACCCCCAGAGCCUAUGCCUUUGGUGUCAGUUUGCAGCUGUUUUCACCGACUACACUGUGACCUGGAGCAGAGAGGGCACUACCCUGGCUGAGACCAAGAGGAGUGCAGGGGAUGAGAGCAGAGUGUCCCUGACCAUCUCCAACGCCUCAAACAAAGACCUGGGCAAGUACCAGUGUCGGCUCAGCAGCUCUCAUGGAUCGGUCGUUCUGGACUACCUGCUCACAUAUGAGGUGCUCAGUGAGAUCGUCAUCCCUUCAACACCAAAGAUCAGCUCAUCUGCACCAGUAGAAGUAGAAAGUGAAGAGGAAGAUGUCCGCUGCUCCAGACUCAUCUUCAAGGAGGAUUUCUUAUCUGAGCAGUAUUUCGGAGAGAACCAUCCGGCCAGCAUCAUCACUGAAAAGGUCCACUUUGGCGAGGGGAUGCACCGCCGGGCCUUCCGGACCAAGCUCCAGGCGGGUCAGAUACCCCUGUUACUACCUGGACACUCCUGUGUGCUCAAAGUGCACAACGCCAUCAGCUAUGGGACCAAGAACAACGAGGAGCUCGUUCAGAAGAACUUUAACUUGGCUGUGGAGGAAUGUCAGGUCCAGAACACAGCGAGAGAGUACAUCAAGGCGUACGAUGCUGUUGCUCAGUCUUUGGAGGCGUUUGGAGAGGUCCCAGAGAUCAUUCCCAUCUACCUGGUCCACCGUCCGUCCAGUGACAUCCCCUACGCCACCCUGGAGGAGGAGCUGAUCGGGGAUUUUGUCAAGUAUUCGGUCAAAGACGGAAAAGAGAUCAACCUGAUGAGACGAGACUCUGAGGCCGGACAGAAGUGUUGUGCCUUCCAACACUGGGUUUACCAUAAGACCGAGGGGAACCUGCUGGUGACGGACAUGCAAGGUGUGGGGAUGAGGCUGACUGAUGUUGGAAUAGCCACCUGUAAGAAAGGAUAUAAGGGCUUCAGAGGAAACUGCGCCACCUCCUUCAUUGACCAGUUCAAAGCUCUGCACCAGUGUAACAUGUACUGUGAGAUCCUGGGCCUCAAGUCCCUGCAGCCCAAACCCAAAAAACCUGCAUCUGCACCCAAGCCCAAAGCCCAGCCUGCUGCUGCACCCAAAAAGAAAGUGUUUGGGCCCACGGUGAAGGGCAAGUCCUAACCGGGUCCGUGUGGACUCCAGGUGUCAGCACAUGAGGACACGUUUGGCUGCUGUCGGCCACGGACGGAGGAGACGCAGCUACACUUUAGAAUAUGUUCAGCAGAUUUCAUGACAGACGGUGUGUUUGUCUGAGUGUUGUGAGUUGUAUUUUUAAUUUAUGUCAUAACUUCGAUGGGAAAACAACUGUGAUAAAUUUAAGGAACACUUGAAAAGGAUAAAGUUUGUCUCCGGCGUCCAACUGUGAUGUCUUAGAUUGCUCGACUGAUGAGGAGUGAUCAUUUUUCUUUUGCAGAGUUUUUCUUGUUUUUCUACUUCUGUUGAUUUCAGAUAUUAGUUCAUUAAAUUAAUGAACGUUUAUUCAUUGAUUGGAGGAAAUAUCUCUGAAGUAGACUAGGUUGUAUGAUGAAAACACACACAGGAAAAGGAAAUGUAUAUAUCGGCUAGAAUUUGCUUAGAGGUCUUAUUUAUGUCUUUGUGCAUAAGAAAUCAAUAGAAGUGAAUCCCCAAAGGAACUUUGUGUUGGUAAAUGCAAGUUCUGCAAAUUUACAGGAUUUCAGUUCU